AGGGAUGGGCAAAAGGAGGUCUGCAUUCUGGCAAUGCACUUACCACUCAUCCUCGUGCUCUUACAUCUAAUAUUCUUCAUCUACCAAUAUAACCCAAUUAGAAGCAGCCCCUCCUUUAUCAAUUAAAUACCAUUUGCCAUGCAGGCAUGUGAGAGUGAGGGAGAGAGAGAGAUGGCAAGGAUAAAACUGAUGGUGCCGCUAGCUUUGAAGCAGAAACAAGACAGUUGUUUUACUAAUCCAAACAAAUGCAGUUUGAGUGCAAGAAAGAGGGAUUUGGUAUGUGUGACAAGUGGGAAUUCUUACUUAGGUUCUCACAUAGUGAAGGAGCUUCAGGCUCACGGUUACCCGGUUCGUGUCACCAUCCAAAAUCAAGUGGAUUUUGAGGACUUGAGGGAGCUGAUAGGAGAUGAAAGGAUAAAUCAACUAGAAAGCAUUGUAGUAGCAAGCGUUGGAGAUGUGGAGGGCCUCUGCGAUGCUUUUAGAGGUUGUCAUGCUAUUUUUCACACCUCUUCCUUUGUUGAUCCACAUGGGGUCUCUGGUUAUUCAGAACGAAUGGUACCUCUUGAGGCUGAAGGAGUAACGAAUGUCAUUGAAGCUUGUGGUAGAGCAGCAUAUGAAAAGAGAUGUGUCUUUACAUCUUCUCUUCUUUCUUCUAUCUGGAAAGGUGGCAAUGUGGAGAGGGUUGUUGAUGAGAGUAGUUGGAGUGAUGAAGGGUUCUGCAGAGAAAACAAGCUUUGGCUGGCCUUGGGCAAGACUAUAGCAGAGAAAGUUGCCUGGAGGAAGUCUAAAGAAAUGAAAGUGGAGCUUGUUACUCUGUGCCCUGGACUGAUCAUGGCCCCCUCAUUCCCAAAUGCUCACAAAGAAACCUCUGUACCAUACCUUAAAGGUGGGCAGAGCAUGCUACAACAAGGCAUCCUAGCUACCGGAGAUGUUAAAAAAGUGGCAGAGGCACAUGUCUAUGUUUACGAAGCAAUGGAUAAUGGAGCAAGCGGACGAUAUCUUUGCUUCGAGAGAGUGGUACGAAAAUUGGAAGAGGCCAUUGAACUAGAGAAUGGGUUGCACAUGCAUGGUUUGUUAUCAGGAAGGAGACAAGAAGUCUUUCCAGAAGGAGACGAAGAAAUACGUAGCAACCUUGACAACUCAAAGCUUGCUAAAUUAAUCUUACAGGCUUCUCGCCGCUCAUCUUGCAAACAAUGAAACAUAAGAGUCUGAAAGCGUUAUCUGUUAGGAAUAAAUGAAUUUGAAAAAGUUGUAAUAAUGGAAAGAGAUAUUCUGUAUUUCUGUUUAUCCAAACGAUUCCUAAUCUUGUAAUGCGGCUUCACAGUCAUAUUCUUCCACAGCUAAAGGAAGUCAACAGCUUAACCCGACCACUUUUGGAUUGGGCUGCUUUCCUCUGACCACACAUCGCUUGCUGCU